CGUUGCAUGCAGUCCUCGGCUGACACACUCGAUCUGACACGGGCGGGCACCAAUAGUGUUACCAUCGACACAGACAGACACCCAGUCGUCUGACCACAUUAGCACACACACGAUCAGAGGAGCUGGACAGGUAUGAAGGGUACAAGUGUGUCAGAGAGAUUUGGAGUUCUCUCCGGGCAUAAUUAAACGGACAGAGCACGGAGACAGGAAAGCGACAUUGUGCUGGUUCCAGCGUGAGCAUAAGUAAGAGAUGAAUUGCAAGGCAGUCAGGAACACUGCGCAUGUGACUGACGGCGCCGCUGAAAAGAGAGCGGAGGGAGGAGGGAGGCAGGGGGAGAGAGAAACCGUGACACGCCGCGGCCAGCCAGCCAGUCGGUUGGUCAGUCCCGGUAGAGCAGUGCCUCCUGCUGCCGGGCAAGGUCGCGUGCCCGUCUGUUGAGGACACUGACGGCCUGGUCGAUGCCCGACAGUAUCGACUGCGUCUCCUCCAACUCUGACGCAACCUCAUCGCCCAUACUGCAGUCAGUCCACACACACAGAUGGAUGGAUGAAUAUAUGCACACAUGGACAUACAGACAGACAGACCGACACGGAAGGAAGGAUACGGCCGUACGGACAUGCACUCACUGACCGUUCUAGCUGUGAGAGCAGGGUGCCGGCGACAAUCUCCAACGCCUGCUGCAGCUGCAACACAACACAACACAACACAACACACGAAAGCAAGGGUCUAUGCAUCACACGAUGGGCGUUGCGUGCGCUUCGGUCAGGUCAGCGGCUGACCUCUUCGACAGAUAUGGUGCCUUCGGCCUCCUCGCCCUCCUCCUCUUCUGCUGCCUCGUCAGCACCCUUGGCGCCCUUCCUCGCCUUGCCCUUGGCCUCUUCCUCAAUCCCCUUUGUGCUGCAGUGCAUGCAUUCAUAGACAUGGCUCGGCCGUGUGGCAAUACUUGUUCCCCGGCUGACUGACCGGUAUGAUGCCUUGGUGCCGCGCAUCUGGUGCUGAGGAAGGGCGGGAGGCAGCUUGGUUGGCGCGCCGGGCAAGGCCUCGGCCUGGACAUGAAGAGCGAUGUCAUGGAUGCAGUCAGUGAUUGACCGACUGGCUAUGUGACUGACCUCUUUGGACUUGGUGGUGCUUUUCAUGGAUUCGGUUCUGCUAAGGUCAGCGUCCUUGUCGAGGUCGCCCUCGCCCUUGCCCUUGUGCCUCAUGGCGGCCGCCGCCAUGUCAGCCAAACCGCCGCUGCCCUUGCCUUUGCCCUUGGCUGCACACAUAGCCAUUGUAGGUUGGGCUUGUGUGUGGGUGUGAUGUGUGUCGGCAUGAACACGCACAUCCUUGCGUGAGGGCUGUGAGUCUGCGUGAGAGCUUCCGCAGGUCCACACGCUUGCACAUUGCCACAACAGUGUUCUUGUACACUGAACGAACAAGAGACGCAUGCAGCCAGCCAGCCAGCCAGCCAGACACACCGAAAUGGAUGACAACCAUCCGCCUUUCAGACACGCAUUCCUUUCUCCAUUCAUUCUGCGGACGUACCUUUGUCAGCCCAUUGCUUGAACUUGCCCCAGUACUCCAGUGUGUACACCCAGCGGAAAUCAGGCUUCACAUCCAGCAGCACCUGACGCGCCUACACAGACCGAAGGCACACACACACAGGCAACCAAACUCACAAAGCACAUGCUCAUUCAAUGAAUGGAUGCAUGAGCCAGCCAUGACUUGCUUGCCUCAGCGAUGGCGUGUACGAGGAUGGCGAGGAUGAGAUUGAGGAGCAGCCACUGCGUGAUGGCCACGAAAAUCAACACCAGAAAGGCACCGAACACAGGGUGGGAAUCGUACCUGCAGACAGACAGACAGGCAAUCGGUGACUUGACGUGGACCGGUGUAUGUGGUGUCAUGCUUACAGUUCCGACAGCUUCGAGUGGCCGAUGAAGGUCUCUGCCAGAGUGAUCAGCGCAUUGCCAAACGUGGCAAACCUGAACAACACACCACACCACGCACAAUUCGGUGUGUGUGUCCGUCGACUCAGGUCACGUACUGGAGGAAUUCGUCAGAGAGUGCGAGGUUGAACGCCUCCAAAAAGCCCAAGUACAGCACCAGAAACAAGACGCUAAACGACAGAAUCGUCGAUAUCGACUGACCUACACACACACACACACGGGAGGGAGGGAGAGAGAGAGACAAAGGGGGAUACACAUGGAGACAGGUCGUUCAUAUCAGACAUGUACAUGUGCUAUGUCGCAUCCCUCCCUGGUACUGUGGUGGCUGACCGACAGUGAAGACAAGUAUGCGGACGAAUGGUAUAAAAGCAAGGUACUUGACGCCCUUUGACCAGAUGAGCACGACGUUGAAGGCGUUGAUGAGCAGCGACACCUUGAUGCGCCGUGCCAGCCACAUGAACCCGUCCACCAACUCACCGGUCCCAUCGAGAUCCUUGCGAGACGCGUCAUAGCCCAGAUCGGCGUACUUGACGUCAAGCUGACCACAACAAGAGCGAGACACAUGCACUACAUGUGUCGUUGAAAAAGAGAGGAAGAAAGCAAGGAGAGAGAGAGACAGAGAGCGAGAGAACCCACCCGUCCAUAUGCGGCGUAUAUCUCGAUCCUGAGAACGAAGACGGCCAGGAUGAGGAUGAGGUUUGUCCAGUCCACCAAAUUCCAAAUAUCACUGGUAGACAGACAGACAGAGAGAGAGACAGACAGACAGCACAAGCUACGUCUCUCCUUUCAUGUGAAGCACGUAAGUGAGGGUGUGUGUGGGGGGGUGACUUGAUGUGGCCUUGCCUUCCCUAUCUACACCUACCUACCGCCAGUAGGAUGCAUGGAAGAUGGCGAGUUCCGAGACCUCCUCGGCGAUGUAGUAAAAGACGAACACGCACACGAUUAUCUCCAAUAUCGUCGGGAACCAGUCAGCCGCAGAACCGCUGCCAAACAGCUGCAAAUGCCUAUACACACAUGUGCCCACGCACACCGCAUAUGGUCAUCCUCUGCGAUGGACCUCUGUAUUUAGUGUGCGCCUGCCUGGGCAUGAGUGGCAGUGCCUCUGCCUGUGCUUGACAUGAGCCGCUGGGCGGGAACUCAAAGGCGAUACGGAGAGUUACGUACAUACCUACACGAACAGCAACACACGCAUACACACACACACAGACAGAGAGAGAGAGAGGAAGGGACACACACAGAGAAAGAACCGUUUGUGCCAUGCGGCCGACUUGGCCAACUGGCUGUCUCUCUCUGCGCGUGUGGAUAGCCACCCAUGUUUGGGUUGUAGAUGACCGUCUCCACAAACACAGCACGCGCAGCGGCUUCAAGGUACCCGUCAGACUGACACAUACAUGCGCACGGUCUCUUGCAUGGUUGUGUGCUUGCUGUGCUAUGUCUUUCUCACCCCUACCCUCACCCUCACCCUUACCGACCCGCAUGGCCUGCAGCCGAUCGAUGGUGUCGGACACGUUGCCGAUGAGGUAUUCCACAUAGCCUCCCGGCCCGUAGGUGGCCACCCGCCCCCUCCACGCCCUUCGCCACUUGCUCGGGUCCCAGUGCCGAAACCUGACCGAUGACGGCGAGUCGGCAGGUGAGACAGAGAGGGAGACACCAUCAACCUCUGCCUGUGCAUUGACUGGUUUGACCUGUUUUUUGGUCCGUAUGGCGCCCGCUCCUCAGCGCUUCUCGAGUAGCUGCCGAAGCACUCGCGGAGCUCCUCUUCAAACACCUCACUCACCUGACAGACAACCAAGAUGUCCAGCUGUGCCGUUCCGUCCUGCUCGGCCACCAACCCACCUCGCAAUUGGCGCCCGACUGCACUCGGAGGAGGCGGAUGCGAAGGGCACCCAGGAGGCUGUUGGACCUGCGUGCGCACACAUACAUAUACGCGUGUGUGUGGAUAGGUUACGUACACACGGCUUCUCUGCGUACCUGUCAACCCAUACGGGAGGCGACUGCUGGCUGAUCUGUGCGGCGAUGGACUUGUCGGUCGUGUUGGCAUACAGCACCGACAAGAAGGAACCCUCCAUGUACUGGAGCGGCCACAGACAUCACGGCCACACACAACGCAGCACAACACAAGAGACACGCACAUGGCGAGACAGCGGAUCUAUCUGACUGUGUGGACGGACUUGCCAGAAGUCAUGUGCCGACUGCACUUGGUGCAAGGCGAUGGGCAGGGGGGGCGUGGCGGCGCUCCCCACCGAGCCGUAUACGUUGGCGAUGGCCGCGGCAUCAAUGUCAUCAGGGCCCGUUUCAGAAAACAACUCUGCAUCACAUUAGACGACACAGAAUGUUUGCAUGUCUGCAGGUGGCCGCCUACUCUGGAUGUGCUGUGCGUAGUAGUAUGGGGUGGGCUUGGACGUCAGGAUGAUUACUGCAAACACGCACAGACACACAGCACAGACACACAGCACAUGCAGGCCGGGAAUGUCUGCAUUUUGGUGCGUACUGAGGGAGAAUGUGAAUAGGAAGAUGAUGAAGAGAAGGAUGUGCACGCAUUGCUUGAUGAACACGGCCCUCUUCCGCUCCGACGACAGGUGUUCAUAUCGGUCGGCUGCAAGGCGUUUUGGCACUCUUAUGAAUGAGGGCCGCCGCUCCCCCUCUUUCCCGCUGGCUGCCGCUGCCGCGGUGCCCUUGGACGAGGCCAGAAUACUGCUCCGCAUAGUGAGACUGGG